CAACCUACACCCACUCCUCUCCCCGAUCCAUCCUGUGCCCCAUUAUGGCUGACGACGAGGAGCGCAUCAAAGCUGAAAAGUUGGCAGCCGCCAAGAAACGGGUCGCUCAGCUCCAGAAGCAGAAGAAGAAAGCCAACAAGAAAGCUGCGGGCAGCACCGAUUCGUCGAAAGCGGCGGCACCCGAUACACCUCCUGCUGCUGCUGCUGAAACCUCGCCGGUAUUAGCUUCGGAUACUCCGGUGGGGGCGGAGGGAGUAGACGCCCAGUCUGCUGAUGAUACCGCCAGCACCGCCGCCGACGCCGCCGCUGCUAUACCUGCUGAGACCGAGGCUGCGCCUGAACCGGAACCAGAACCAGUAGCCGCAGAGACGCCACCUGCGACCGGGGAACCAGGGGAGCCUACCACUACGACUGAAGAACCAAAGGAACCAAAGGAACCUACACCGGCGGCGGAGGAGGAGACAAAAGCGGGGGAAACAGCAGAACUCGAAGAUGGAGUAGCAGCAGCAGAAUUCCCACAAGCAUCCCCCAGCACCGAACCGAUGCCCGACGCACCCAUCACGAUGUCGCCAGAUAGCGAAGAAGCGCCGCCCUCCGUGCCCGGGACGACCCGACUCGACGCCCCACUGACUCGUCCCGCCGGCCACGGGCGCCAGCCUUCGUUGUCAAUUCAGUCGAAGAUGCGGUCGUCGUCGUUCCGGAAAGGCUCGGUAUCGCAGGGGUCGCUGUCGCCGUCGCCGUCCGCGCCCGUGGGAGGAGGAGGAGGGGGAGGGGGAGGAGGGGGCAUGCUCAAGUCGCCUUCGUUGCCGCCGUUGAGUGCGGACGGCGAGGCGGUGCAAGAGGUGUACCGGAAGCAGUCGGCGCGGAUUGAGGAGCUGGAGCGGGAGAAUAAACGGCUGGAGAAGGAGCGCGAGGAGGCAACGGGCCGGUGGAAGAAGUCGGAGGAUCAGCUGGAGGAUCUGAGGGAGGCGAGUGUGGAUGCUGAGGAGUUGAAGGAGAAGUUGGGCAGGGCGGAGGAGAAGGUUGCGGAGAUUGAGGAGUUGAGAGCGGAGAUUGCUUCGUUACAGAGACAGAACUCGCACCUGCAAACGCGAACGCACCGCAACAACGCCAGUGUGUCUGCGCCGGGACAGUCCGAGUCGCCGCCGGCGGAUCUGCUGAAACAACUCGAGUCCAAGGCCGCGACGAUCGAGGCCAUGGAGCUGGAGAUCUCAAAUCUGCGCGCGCAGCUCUCGUCGCAGUCGACUUCGAGCAGCGCACAUGAGGCCCAGAUCGCGGCGUUGGAGGAGAAGCUCUUGACCGGCGAGACCGCGCUGGAGAAGUCUCAGCGCGAGCUGGCGGAUACCAAGGCGGCGUUGACUCGUGCCUCGGAGAAGGCGGUCAAAGAGGGCGUCGACAAAACUUCCAGCGAGACUCUGAUCAAGAGCCUCCAGCGGGAAGUGGAAGAGCUAAAGCAGGAAAAGGCCGACGCGGAGAAGAAGAUCGAGACCCUGGAGAAGAAGCUCGAAGCCAUGGGCAACCUGCACCGCGAAUCCGAAUCCCGUCACCAAGCACGACUGCGCGAGAGCGAGAAGGUGGAGAAGGAGGCCGCGGUCCUGCGCAAGCGACUCGCGACCGUGGAGAACGAGAACCUCCGCCUGAAGGAGGAGCAGGAGACCCUUCGCAAGCGCGAGGCCGGCGGCGCGGAUGACGAUGCUCUCGACGAACUCGAGGACGAGGAACGCUCUCGACUGCAGCGGCGGAUCCGUGAUCUGGAAGGGGAGGUCUUCGAUCUCCGCCGCGGUGUAUGGCAGGAGAAGCGCGAGGAGCUCGCCGGCGGAGCCGACUACCACCCCUCCUUCAGCGGGGACCCCGAUUCCGCGACUGCGGCGGCGGCGAAUACCUUUGACGAUGUCGACUUGAUCGGCGGAUCAUCGGCCGACCACGCUCGCCGCCGCAGCAUGGCCCAGAGCAAAUCCCACGGGCAGCACUCAUCCUUCUCCACUGUGCUUAGCAGUGGGAUCGCCGCGUUCACGGGCGGGAACACUUUCUACGGGAACCGAGGCCGCGCCUCGUCGAACCAGCAGCCCGCUGGGACACACGGUAGCUUGGAGCUUCUGUCGGAAGAGAACCUGGAUGACGAAUUCGAUGAGGCGGAGUUCGCGCGUGCGCAGGCAGAAGAGGAGGCUCGCAAGCGGGUGGAAUGGGUGCGCGAGAUCAAGAGGAAGCUCAGGGACUGGCAUGGUUGGCGGUUGGAUCUGGUGGACAGUCGGGCUGGGGCGGAGGGCGCCGGCGUCGGGAUGGGCGAGAUUUUCGAGAUUUAAAGAUGUCUACGUGCAGAUACGUGCAGAUGCGUGCCGACUAUUCAUUAUACCAUUGUGUUAC